CAGACGGAGAGCAGCCGAGCAGUCAGACAGGCUGAGCCGAGGAUUAUUAUCGAAGACUUGCCGCUACUCCUCCAUCAAGUUAUGGAUAUUUUUUAAAGCUCUUGAUGAAGUUAUUAAGUUGUAAAGUAUGAGUUCUCAUGUUAUCACCCCUGGACCGUAUCGAGCCACGAAACUGUGGAAUGAGGUGACCCGUUUGUUUCGGGCCGGUAUGCCCCUCAGAAAACACCGGCAGAACUUCAGACACCACGCCUCCUGCUUCACGGCCUCUGCCGCCGUGGACUGGCUGCACCAGCUGCUCCGGAACAACAGCAACUUCGGCCCCGACGUCACAAGGCAGCAGACGGUGCAGCUCCUGAAGAAGUUUCUGAAGAACCACGUGAUCGAAGAUGUGAAGGGUCGCUGGGGCAGAGACCUGGAGGACAACGGCACGCUCUACAGAUUUCCCUCCACCUCUCCUCUGAAGACCAUUCCCCGUGCAGCUCCAACCUCAGCCUCCCGCUCCAUCAAGAAGCGGCCUUCAUUCAGGGACAAGGACGUUUUCUUCAAGUUUAGGAGUAUCAAGAAGCACGACAAGGAGACACAAGAAAAUGUAGAUCCUGCCUCCAAGGAGGCGGAGAAUCAGCCAAUGGGAGAGCAGCAGGUGCCGAGACGAGAGCUGACAGUAGAGGAUGAGCAGGAGAUCUGGAGAGACACCACCCUGACCCACCUGCAGAGGAUUCUGGGAGUUGCGUCUCUUGAUGAAGUUUUGGACCAGCGGUACAUAAACCCACAGAACAUCAUCCACAAUAUGACCAAAGUCAACAAGCACGGGGUGGUUACUCUGGACGACAAGACAAAUGAUCUGCCUCACUGGGUUUUGUCUGCCAUGAAGAGCCUGGCCAACUGGCCCAAGUACGACAGCGAGCAGCCGUCCUAUCCCGGCUUUGAGAGAGACGUCUUCAAAACCGUGUCUGAUUACUUCUACAGCCUCCCGCAGCCGUUACUCACAUACGAGCUGUAUGAACUGUUUAUCAACGUCCUGGUGUUUUGUGGGUACGUUGCAGCGCCCGCCACACACCAACGCGGGAAGCGAAAGAAGCAUGACCUCCCCUCGGCGCCUCCCCCGGCCAAAGCGUCUUUCCGCUCCACAGAGUGUCUCCUCCUGUCGCUGAUCAGACAGGGGACAUGCGACGAGACCGAGUCGCCCAUGAGCGACGUGCUCGGCGGGAAGCUUCAGUCCCGGCUGGCGGCGCUGAAAGGAGGUGGCGGUCAGCUUGGCGGUCAGCUCGGCGGUCAGCUCGGCGGUCAGCUCGGCGGCAGCUGCAUCAGCCUGAGUACAGUUGUUUCUAUGAGGCCUCAAUCCAGGAGCUGUUCUAUGGAAACUAUCCUAGACAACUCUGCCCCUCUCACCCGGCAGCAGCUUUUUCUCUCCAACGAAAGCCUGGCGUCCUGCGCCCGGAGCUACAGAAGCCAGGAAGACAGCCCUGCAGUCACGACGCCACGCUCUCAUACAGACUUCACAUCAGUUAUUCCUGAAACUGCUUCAGGAGUUAAACCCACAAAUAGACUGUCUGUGGCGUCUUUCACAGGCGCGUCGGUCACACAUAGGUUGCGUUGUUCACGGCCUCGCAGCGUGGGCAGCUGCCUGGACAUUGUCGUCGAAACAAGAGAGGAAGAGGUGAAGGAAACGAGCAAGUUGCAAGACCGAGCAGCCAGCUGCAUCAACGUGAACACUCCUGCACUCCAGCAUCACUCCGCCUCCUCUUCAUCACGCUGCCCCUCGCUUUCCUCCUUACACCCUCCCGCUUUCUCCUAUCACCCCCUCUCCUCCUUCUCUUCAUCUGCUACCGCCAAAGCACAAGGGUCGCACGCUGCCGCGGCACCCGGUGGACCCAGACCCGCCGCCAGCACCUCUAAUCUCAGGACGCUCUCUGCGCCCGCUGUUGUCCGGCGCUGCCUCAGCUCUCUGGAUGUGUCGAAGCCGUCUCGACUCGUCUCGCUGCUCAAAGCGCCUGUCUGUGUGCCCACCAGCAGCUCCCAGCCCACUCAAAGCAAACCUGAGCCAAGCCUCCUCCAGCCUCACUGUGAGCGUGUAGCCAUCGAGGCCCUGCAGCUCUGUACGCUCCUCCUCCCCCCCACCUCCCGCAGGAAAUUGCAGUUACUCAUGAGGAUGAUGUCACGCAUCAGCCAGAACGUGGACAUGCCCCGCCUCCACCCCGCCAUCGGCACCCGGACACUGAUGGUUCACACGUUCUCCGGCUGCGUCCUGGGCAGCGCUGAGGAGUGUGAUCUGGACGAGCUUCUGGCCACAAGACUGGUUUCAUUCCUUAUGGACCAUCAACAGAGCAUCCUCUCGGUCCCAGAGUAUCUGCUCAGUGCCAUCAGUGACCACAUACAGUACCUGCGUGCAGUACAGGUCCCAGUCGAUGGUGUUACUAACGCUGAUGUUGGCGAUCCAGUUUGCGCUCCAAUGCCGAUCUACGCGUUUUGCCAUCAGAUCAGCGGCGCCGAGUUCGAACAGCAAAAAGCGGAGUCUUCUCAAAAAGCCAUGGAGGAGCUGCUGGAGAUCCUGCUGACAGACCAACACCUGAGUGAGAAGGACAGACGCAAGAAACUGAAACAGUUUCAGAAGCAGUACCCGGACAUCUACAGCCGACGCUGUCCCUCUUCAGACAGGGAAAACAACAAACCAAAGAUUAAACCGCCGCUCCUCAGCAUCAAGAAGACCAAAGCUUUCAGCAUCAGGAACUAAAUUAACUGUACAGGUGACGCCUUUAUAGAAGCCUCAGCUCUUUACAUCAUUAUAACUGCACUCUGGUACUAAGACGUUGGAAAACUGACUUCUCUUUGCAGCAUUUAUCUUUUCCUUGUUACAUUGGAAAUGCUUACACUCCUGUUGUGUGUCAUGUAUGAGCUGAUAUGUAACUUCUGGACUUCUGCAAUGGUAUAAGUGUGUGUUAAUGUGUGUGUGUUGACAGCUGAGUAUAAUGAAGGCAACACCAUGUUUUAAUGAAGCUGGGUUUUUUCUUCUGAAAUAUAGUUUUUAUAGUUACACAAGUGUUUUCUCUUUAGCCUUUAUUUCCCCCGCUCAGCUGUUGCCUGUUUUGCUCGCUGAUACUGACCUGUGUGUGUGUGUGUGUGUGUGUGUGUGUGUGUGUGUGUGUGUGUGUGUGUGUGUGU